GCCCUGGGAACUUUGGACUGAGGUUGAUCAACUUUGAAAUUCAGAAGAACAGUAUUUCCCACGAGACUCAAGGAUUAAAGGAAAACUGUCUGGUGGUUCGACGAGGGAAACCAUUCAAAGUCACUUUGCUGUUCAAAGGCCGGACCUGGGAACCCUACAAGGACAGGCUGGUCCUGGAGGUUUGUUUAGGGGGUCUGUCACAAAGGAUUCCAGUACUUUCUGAGAAACAAUCAGCCACACAAUGGUCYGCUACRAUUYAUCCAGAAAAAUCAAGYGGGCACUCRGUCACCAUCUACAUCUGCUCCCCURUUCUGGCCCCGGUGGCUCAGUACCAGCUCCUGGUCCACAUAGAGAACAUAUUUUCCAGAAUCACUUACCGGUACAUAGCUGGGACAUUUAUUCUGCUCUGCAACCCUUGGCUAAAAGAUGAUCCAGUCUACAUGCCACACGAUGCUCACAUACAAGAGUACAUCAAGAGUGACUACGGACUGAUUUUCAUGGGUACCCCUACCAAUGUUCAAAAGAGACCGUGGGUUUUUGGUCAGUACGAACCUGGAGUACUGGAUGCAUGUCUGCAGCUCCUGCAGCUCAGCAAUGAGCAUCUUAACAACCCCAACAAAGACUACAAACUGAGAGCUGACCCCGUCUACAUCUGCAGGGUGAUCUGUGCCAUGGUCAACAGCAACGAUGAUCUUGGUAUUAUGCUCGGGAGGUGGAAGGACGACUACACAGAUGGUGUGAAGCCAACAGAUUGGAGCGGCAGUGCUGAAAUCCUUCACCGGUGGCUCUCGUCCAACUACAAACCUGUACGCUACGGACAGUGCUGGGUGUUUGCAUCCGUCCUCUGCACAGUUCUUAGAGUUCUAGGGAUUCCCUCCAGAGUGGUGACAGUUUUCAACGCCGCCCACGACAGUGACGGCAACACCACCAUMGAGGAGUAUUACACGACCAGUGGAGAAAAGUUUGGCCUGUCAGAUGACAGCAUCUGGAACUUCCAUGUGUGGGUGGAGUGCUGGAUGAAGAGAUUAGACCUCGGUGAAGAGUUUGAUGGCUGGCAGGUUGUGGAUCCAACACCACAAGAGAGGAGUGGAGGGCUGUUCCGCUGUGGCCCGUGCCCAGUAGCUGCCAUCAAACACUGCAUCAGUGUGCCAUWUGACACAAGAUUUCUCUACGCUGCUGUCGACGGUGAUGUUCAUCGUUUCAUUAUACGCAACGGAUCGGUGGUGGGAAAGAAGGUGGACACUGAUUGUGUGGGAAAGCUGAUUUACACCAAAAGCAUCGGCUCCAACAGUCCGCAGGAUCUCACCAUGACUUAUAAGAACCCAAAAAGACCACAAGACCCAAGUACACUUCAAUACGAACAACUGAUYAGUUGUUAUCCAAGAGAACUCCCUUACUCGUUUGGGCCCUCUCAUUCAGGAUAUACCAGUAGUUUAUUUGGAGAAACAGCACACAGUUUGGAGGUGUCCAUAACCGUUAGGGACUCACAUUUGCUUGGUGAGGACAUUGUCCUGUAUGUGAAAGUCACAAACCACUCAAGCUACCCGAGAGAGCUGAUGGAACGCGUUAACGCUCAGCUGAAAGAGUACAACAGCAACCCGCAGCAGGGCUUCUGGGAUGCACAAAGUGAGGUGAAGAUAAAGCCAAACCAAGCACUGACGUGCCAACACGUCAUUCCUUAUUCAUCGUACGAGUCCAUCCUGAAACCUGACGGUGUUGUGAAUGUGGCCGUGGUGAUGCAGGACACGAUGACCAGAGAAAGAGUCCUAGAUGCACUAGAAUUCAGCAUGAGCACACCACAGAUAACAAUAAAUAUGGAAGGAGGUGACAGCAUCCAAACAAAGAAAGAAAAAACAGCUCAGGUGACUUUCACCAACCCGUUUAACAGAGCUCUGAGUAAAGCUGUGCUGACUGUGGAGGGAUCUGGUUUGAUAAACAGAAAACAGGAGAACAAGCUGGAUCUCCUGGUUCCUGGCAAGAGUAUCGAGAUGAAAGUGUCCAUUAUGGCCACUUCACCUGGCACCAAAGUGCUCAAAGCUACGUUGUCACACAGCAGCAGCUCCAUCAUUGUUUCCAGGAGCUUCCACAAAGUUUCUGUGAAGUCUGCGUGAAAAACAAAAAUCAACAAGAAACGUUAACAUUAUGGCUUAACGUAGACAUAUAUGUAGAAUUUUAAAUACUUUUUUGAUGCCAGUGUUUGUAUUUCAUUUCUUUACAUAAAUGACAUAUAGUUUAAAAUUGAGUAACAACUGUUCAUUAAAAUCAUCCCUUUUUAA